CCCACUUUAGAAGGUUAUGACUAACGUUCAUUCCCGAGAUAAUGGAUCCACCAAGUUACUGUAUUGUACUGUAGUACAUACUACUACUAGUAAUAAGCUCCUAGGCUUCAACAUCCAUACCUCAGCAGCUGUCAACUUCCACGACUCUACUUGAAUUAUCUUACUCCCUGCGAAGAUGGACAAUGACGACGAUGACUUCGGUGCAGAUGCAGAGUUCUUGUCUGCUCUAGCCUCGUCUGCCGUUGUGAGCAAUUCCAGUCAGACCAAAUCCUCCCAACCUACGAACCGUAUCCAGCAACCUACUCCCCAGAGAAUACAACAACCAACUCCGCAAAGGAUACAGCAGCCGACACCACAGCGUUUAGACAAACCACCGCAAUCAUCCAGCUCUUCUGCGCCCAUAUCUGGUUCGAAGAUCGUUCAGCCAACACCUCAAGCACUUCCACAGCGUUCUUCCGGCUCGUCCAUACUCGUGUCACCCCGCCAAAAAGGGAAUCCCGUGCUAGCAUCUCUACGAUCAGUAGCAUGGGAGUAUAGUGAUAUCCCGGCCGACUACGGCCUAGGCCAAACAACCUGUGCCCUAUUUCUAAGCCUCAAGUACCAUCGACUACACCCCGAGUACGUUUAUACGCGAAUUCGCAAUUUACAAGGGAAAUAUAUCCUACGCAUUCUUUUAACCAUGGUCGACAUUCCAAACCACGAAGACUCAUUGCGCGAACUCUCCAAGACGUCGCUGAUCAACAACGUCACCAUAAUCCUCUGCUGGUCCGCUGCCGAAGCGGCGAGAUAUCUCGAGCUAUACAAAUCCUACGAGCAUGCGAAUUUUAGUGCCAUAAAGGGACAGCAAGCUACGAGCUACCCCCACAAGCUUAUCGAGUUCGUCACGGUGCCUCGGGGAAUCAACAAAACCGAUGCAAUCUCGCUCGUCAGCGCAUUUGGGAGUUUGAAGAACGCGGUCAACGCCGAACCUGAGCAGGUUGCAGUGAUUAGCGGGUGGGGAGAGAAGAAGAUAAAAAGAUGGUGCGAAGUCGUAGAGGAGCCGUUCCGAGUCCAAACUGCUGCGAAGAGGCGCGCCGUCGAUAAUGGAGGUAAUAAAAUCCUAGAAAAGGCCAUCCCGCUGAGUCGGGCGCCGCUACGAGAUAUGCCGAGUCUGUCAGCAAGUGUGUCUCAAAACAGUCCAACACCUCAGCCUCAAACAAAUCCAUCCACAAUUCCGAAGGGGAGCCGCCAGAUUCGGGAUGCUCCCGUUGACGAGGAUGAAGAGGAAGCCAUGCUAGCUGCGGCUAUCGAGGAGUCUAAGAAGGCGAUGGCGCAAGAACAGCCGUCCAGCUCCACGUCGAAAGCUCGUGAAAAUGAGGAGUUAAGUGACGGAAUAGCGGCAGCUUUAGCUAGACUCAGGGACAAGGGAUGAAUAUAAUACCUGCCUAAUUUAGGUGAAGUUAGGUAUAACCAUCAGGGUGUGUACCCCGAGGAUUGUCCCUUUGCGGAUAGUAUUCUGUGUCUAUUAGGCAUUGAAGCAAGGAGAAGUUAAUAGUUCGUGAUUGCAUGUUCUCAUAUGAUCGCGCAAGGUCAUAUAUCACCAGCGCACUAAAUCCCUUGAAGACUGGGGCCAAAGGACGCUAGUUGAAGAUGUUGGCCGAUUUGGCUCCAGCAUUCUUAGACGAAAGCGGUCUGGCCGCUGCUACUGUUACUGGUCAUGUUUGUGUUUGGCUUUAGCGUUUUUAUACUCCAUCAGCCAAGAUAGAGCAUGCCGUCGUGAGAUGUCCACCGCACUAUAGCACAUGAGCAAACAGCCUGUCACGAGUACCUUAGAUGCAGGUCGGAACUAGAAAUACGCUAAUUCUAUUACCCCAUCAUACUAAUAGGCCUCAGGUCACUACAUAGUACACAUGUUACCUCACCGAUAUGAUGCAUAUACGAUACGUCGUGUGCUCUUUCAUCCACUUUCGCAUUUAAGUAGGUAGGUAGGUAUUAAGGGCCUCACGAUGGAAGCAGCACGGAAAUAUUUACCUGGUAGGCAAUAGGUAGGCAACAGGUAGGCAAUAGGUAGGC